GUGACUACAUGGUUGGCUCAAACAAACAUUGAAGGUCAGUUCACGCGGGAGCGCGCUACAGACAACAUCACAGGCAACAGACGACGCAGGAUGCUCAGGUUGGAGCAUCCCGACUCAAGUACAGACUCACAACUUUAUUGAGUGACCCAGGUUCAAGCACACCCAGCUACAAUAGCAACAGCAGCAGCAUCCAAACUUUGGCGAAAAGUUACAAAUGGAACAGAUGUUUUCAUCCUCCCACUCUUGCAGUGGUGUAGCCAACAACAAUAUUGAAAUAGCAGCGAAUACUGUUACACAUUUGCUACUAUGCAUGUGUGUGCGUGCUUAGAGUUAUUUCUGAAGUUGCAUAAUUUUACAUGGACACACGAAUACAAGCGCAUAGAUGCAUACUUCCAUGUAUGAACAUGCAUAUAUGCAUAUGCAUGUGUGUGUGUAUGUGUGUGUGGUUAACAAAUGCAAUUUGAACCUGGGCGUCAUGGAUUGAUGUUGACUGUGCGCUCAGUUUGUUUGUUGCUGCAGCCAUGGAAACGUGUCGCACUUGUGCCAAGUGCGAUUUCGAAAAUGGCAACAACAACUAUUGGCUGGACUUGUUCCAUCCAGCCCGUUGGCAGAGUGAAAUGGCGCAAAUUCGCAUGGAGUUUGUUAACUGGAAGUUACAGAUCGCACCUAACGAUGGAUUGCCACAGAAAAUAUGUAGCGAUUGUUUUACGAAAUUCUGCUCGAUUUACACAUUUCGCAUGGCCUGUCAGGAUGCGCAAUUAAAGCUCUCAAAUAUCUUUGAUAAAAUCGAUGCCAACUUGUUGUACGACAAAACUGACGACGAACAGCAUGUGGAUGAUGAGCAUAACGAUGUCAACAUUGUUGAGGAUGCUGCGAUAACAGAGACAACAACUGCAACACAAAACACUGCCAUAAUUGAGGCCAAAGCGUCAACGCCCAUAGAAAUCUAUGUAGAAACGAUAAACAUCAACGAAACAGCAACAGAUAGCGAAACUGCAACUGAAACAUUGCAAUUAGAAGAGGGAGUAGAUGAUUUUUCUACAGAUUUCAAUUCCCUGAACAUUAGCUUUGCUUGUAAAUUUUGCUACAAACCUGAAGAGAGCUACGAACUGCAGCAUUUGCUCUUAGAGCACAUUAGUAGCGCCCAUGAUCCGGAUCAGCCAUACAAUUGUCCGGAAUGCACGGAAUGUUUCCAAGACGCCGCAUCGCGUACGGUGCACAUGAAGAGCAGCCAUGUUGUGAAGCAUUAUGGCUGCGAGGUGUGCGGCAAAAAGUACGGCGACCGUCAUAAUCUACGCCAUCACAUUGAGAAAUAUCACUCGGAGACGGAUUUCGAGUGCAGCAUGUGCGAGAAACGUUUCUUCACCCGUAAAAGUUUGCAUUACCACAUGAAUUGGCACAAGCCCGAGCGGCAGCUGAGAUGUCGACAUAGCGGCUGCGACAGACUGUUCAUCAAUCAACGCCAUCUCAAGUGUCAUGAGGCAACGCACACAACGGGCUCCCGUAAGAGCGAAUACUGCGGCUUUUGUGGCAAAGCUUUCAUUCAUGUGAAGACUUUACGAUGGCAUAUCUAUCGACAGCACGGCGGCGAGAAGCCAUUCAAGUGUGCUAUUUGCACAGAGGUUUUCGCAUCGUAUGCUGAGAAACGCAUACAUAUGUUAGAGCUGCAUACGGAGAAUCUAACGCAUCAGGAGCGUAGUGAGUGCAUGUUCCAAUCCUGCCGCCAGGAAUUCGACAACGAAAAGCAGCUCAUCCAUCACAUGAGUGUUGAGCAUCUGCAACGUGAACCAGCAACUCCCGUUAUUGCCAACAACAAACGGGUGCUCCAACGGAAGCGAGAGCGUCAGUAUACAGGACUCUUUCAGUGCAGCAAUUGUCCGCAACGCUUCAAUAUGAAGUCUGCCUUGGAGCGACACAUGGCAGUGCAUUCGGCGGAUCGGCUGCAUGCGUGUACGCAUUGUUCCAAGCGCUAUAAGCGUGCCCAGGACUUGAAAUGGCACAUGAAAACUCAUGACAAUGAGAAGCCAAAUGUCUGCGAUGUCUGCGGCAAAGCAUUUGCCCUGAAAUAUGUGCUCACCCAGCAUAUGCGUAGUCAUGAGGUUCUUGAGAAGAAUUUCAAGUGUGAGACCUGUGGACGUGCCUAUCUAUUUGAAAAGUCGCUGCGACUUCAUCAGCGUGUCCACACCGGAAACACUUACUACAAAUGUGAUUUGUGCCAGGAGCGAUUUGUGACCCACAUCAAGUUUAAAACUCAUAUGAAAAAGAUGCACGAUACAAGCCAGCCUCAUACUAAGGAUUCUCUGGAUGAUUUGAUCAACAUUGUGAUUUCCUAAUUGUACCAAUGAAAUAAUCCAAGUGGAACAGAAAAGUAGAAAAGUAUCAAAAAUACUACUAUAUGUUAGUGUUGGCACCGCUUUGAAAAAGCUAAGCCUAUAGAAGAAUUUUAUACUAUGUAGUAAAUCAGACCUACAAAUGUACAUACUACAAAACACACAAUAGACCAUACCCUCCAUUUUUCAUUAUCAUUAGACUAACCUCCAUUGCCUACAUACAUACUUUUAUAAAUGGAUCAUGCACAGGGUUGACUUGCGAAGAACUGCUGAAAGCUUUACUCUUUCUUAAGGCCGACCACACACAUACUAUACUAUAUAGGUCAAAUAUUUCCGUAUAAACAAAGCUUUCGUCUCAAAACACACUAGCUUCAGUCUCAGAUUAAAACUCGUAAUACUCUAUUGUAUUUUACCAUCCAUCCAAAUCUUUAAUCAAAAAAAUCCAUACAAAAUCUAUUUAAAUGCCUCUCACAUAUUAAUCAUAAUAUAUGAGUGGAUGACUAUUGGAGACCAUUUUAGUGAUAAGAAAGGAAAUAUUAUAGAAAAGAAGUAUUUAAGCUAUAAAGCAAGCAACAUUUUAAUGCUCAAAAAAUAUUGCAUUUAUUUAAAAACACACAAAACACACGUAUUUACAAUAACGAUGAUAAAACCAUAUUUUAAGAUAUAUCAAUACUAUGUGUAGUAGUGGGUAGUGCAAUAUACUAUAUAUAUUUACCAAAUUCGAGUUCCAUAUAUAUACUUACACAUAUACAUACCAAAUAAUAAAUUCAUUUAUUAUUGAUGAAAUUCUUCUUUUAAGAGAUGAAUUUAAACUUUUUUUUUUUGUCGGGUUAUGUCCAUUAAAUUAUGGAACGCGAUGAUUCGGUGAUUACUGUCUUAUCGUGUUGUGUAUUAUUCAAAAUUUUAAUUUCUUUUCAUUUCAAUUAAAGAAAGACACAUUUCCAUACCUACCACUCAAAUUUCGGAAAGGCGGUGUUUUAUUUGUUUUCAAAUAUUUGAGGUGGCCACUAUGGUAUAGGCGAUAU